AUGUGUGGCAGUUACUAUGGCAACGCCUGUGGCUACGGCUGUGGCUACGGAUCUGGCUACGGCUGUGGCUAUGGAUCUGGCUACGGCUGUGGCUACGGAUCUGGCUAUGGCUGUGGCUAUGGAUCUGGCUACGGCUGUGGUUACGGAUCUGGCUACGGCUGUGGCUAUGGAUCUGGCUAUGGCUGUGGCUACGGUUGUGGCUACGGAAGAGGCUAUGGCUGUGGCUACGGCUACAGGCCAUUGUGCUACAGAAGAUGCUACUCCUCUUGCUGGUAG